AAUAUGGAAGUAUUUUUGCAGAACCAUAUGUGAACAAAUUUUUUCACAGUAUGAAUUCCAAUUUGAGAAUUUUGCCAUAGGGUGAAACAUGUCUAGGAUAUUUUAGAAUUUCUCUUUUCUGCCCAAAUAAUACAAAAUGGCUGAGUCCAUCAUCAGUGUGAUGUCCGGCUUUAGGGCCAUAGACCUCGAAAGGCUGUCAUAUUUUGAAAGUGUAUUUCAAAGGGCUAAGGAAACCACUAUAGAUGGGGAUUUCCUCGCUACUAAUGAGCAAGAAGAAAUUCGCCCUGAAGAACCAUCAAGAUACACGGAUUUCGAAAGAAUUGCUGCUGUAGGCAUUUUUAAUGAGGCGAUAGACAAGCUGGCCAUAAUUGGAGCAGACAAACCCAAAGUCAAACCCAAUUGUAAUUUUCACCCUCCGAAAGUCAGAUAUUACGAAAAAAUUAGAAGUAGGAAACUUUUUGAUAUCGAUUCUACAGCAGUAGUCGAUGAUGGUAUUAUCCGGACAAACAAAUUCCAAAGAGAGAGAACAUUAUUGGAAUAUAUACUCAAGCUAACGAGGGAUGAACUUUUUGAAAACUCAAGCAUUGAAUGUCUCACUCAGUAUCUGAAUUUAGAAGAAAAGAAAAUUAAAGAAGAACAUGCCAUUUGUUCAACGUAUGGGCAAUAUUCAAGAACUAUUGAUGCUUUGAAAAGUGUAGCAGAAGAGAGUGAACAUCACACAAAGAGUGUUUUGAAAGAGCAAACUGAAUUGUCAAACAGUAUUGAGGGUGAGCUACAAGAGAGCAUGUUCCUGUAUGGGAUAAAACUGGGCUACAGCCGAAAAUGGCAUGAAGCAAGACUUGAACAGAACACCAUGAAGAUUCAAAAAGAAGAAGGAAUAGUGAACGGACAAUUGGAAGAAGCGAGAGCGAAGAUGCUUAAUGAGGACAAGAUUCACAAGGAUAUUGUUCUCUACCUUAGCAUGAGCAUCAUGAAACUAAAUAAAGACAUUGAAAAUUGGAAGAAACGCAGUGAAGUAGACUUAACUGCUAAAGACAAUGAAAUUAUUGAAAUAAGAACAAAAAAAUCGGACGAAGCUGACAAAAUGAGAUCAAUGUUAAGAACAUACAUGAGACGGCGAAAUUCUAUUAAUGAUUAUCUGGAAGUGAAGAGAGCGAGGCUUCUAGCUGAGGAACAGAGAAAGUGGGAGAUGAUCGCAGCUAGGAGGAUUCAGGCCUGGUGGAGAGGGACAAUGGUGAGGUGGAAACUUGGAGAAUAUGCUGUGAAGAAGAAGAAAAAGGGAAAAGACAAGGGAAACAGAAAAAGAAAAAAAUAAAUAGUAAAAUAAAAAGUAUAUUUUU